CCUACGCUCCUAAGCACAGAUCUAGGAUCAGCUCAUCCUCAUCAAAUCCAAACCAGGACGUUUAGAAUUCACAAGGGGAACACUGACCUCAGACCAGCGUUUAAACCCCACGUCUUCCUGCCUAGACACUGACUCUCUGUCCAGAGUUCCUCUGUGCUCCAGCCGUAUAUCCAUCCAGCCAUGGGUCUGAUGAGCGAGGACAUGGAGUGCUGCGUCUGCCUCCAGCCCUACUCUCGUAGGGAGAAGAUCCCUCGGAUGCUCCACUGUAAGCACACAUUCUGUGGGCUGUGCUUGCAGGCGAUGUCCAGGCUCCAGAGCGGCCUACUGACAGUAUGCUGCCCCCUGUGCCAUUGGAUCACCUGCACCGAGCCCAGCCUCACCGUGUCGGGGUCGCUGUGGGUUAACACUGAGAUCUGGGACCAGAUACUAGACACACAACAGGAAGAGGAGGAGGAAGAGAGGAAGGAAGCUAACAGACAGACACAGACCACUACACAGAACACAUGGUCUCCAUCAAAGCAUUGUGGCCUGAGGAUCAAAUUACAGAAUUUCCUGAGGAGGAUGAAGCACAAUGUACUGUAAACCGAGAAGACGAAGAGCAGAGAAGAAGAAGGGUUAAAUAAUAAUAUUAAUAAUAAAGGAUGGAUUGGGGGAGGAAAUAAAAUAGAAGAUUUUAAAUGGAUUGAGGAUGAAAGAAAGAUCAAGGAAGUUAUGGAAGGAAGGAAGUUAUGGAAGGACGUAAGGAAGGAAGUUAUGGAAGGACGGAAGGAAGGAAGGAAGGAAGUUAUGGAAGGAAGGAACGAAGUUAUGGAAGGAAGGAAGUAAGUUAUGGAAGGAAGGAAGUAAGUUAUGGAAGGAAGGAAGUAAGUUAUGGAAGGAAGGAAGUAAGUUAUGGAAGGAAGGAAGUAAGUUAUGGAAGGACGGAAGGAAGUUAUGGAA